AUGGCUCGUACCAAACAGACGGCAAGGAAAUCCACCGGAGGAAAGGCUCCGAGGAAGCAAUUGGCGACCAAGGCCGCAAGGAAGUCGGCGCCAGCCACCGGUGGAGUGAAGAAGCCACACAGAUUCAGGCCAGGAACCGUGGCAUUGCGAGAGAUCAGGAAGUACCAAAAGAGCACUGAGCUUUUGAUCAGGAAACUUCCGUUCCAGAGGCUUGUGAGGGAAAUCGCUCAAGAUUUCAAGACUGAUCUCCGAUUCCAGAGCUCCGCCGUGGCUGCACUUCAGGAGGCUUCCGAAGCUUAUCUUGUUGGGCUAUUUGAAGACACAAAUCUGUGCGCGAUUCAUGCUAAAAGAGUUACUAUCAUGCCUAAGGAUAUGCAGCUUGCUCGUAGGAUUCGUGGUGAGAGGGCUUAG